CAAAUUAGAGGCAAUUAAGAAUUCAACCCAAAAAAUUUAUCAUUCGAUUAAUCCAAAUCACUUCCAAAUUAAAGUCAUGGAUGUUCAACAAGAGGAAUUUCAAUCCCUGGGAUUUUUGGGCAUCUUCAAAAAAUCAUUCAAAAUUAUUGUGUCAUGGCCUAAAAUCUUUUUCCAAAUCACCCUUGCUUUUAUUUUGCCUCAAUAUUGUCUUUUCUUUGCCAAUGAUGGAAUUUCUAAAUUUCUCAUUAACAAGAUCACUCAUGACUCCACCUUGUCCAUGAUCAACCAAGAUGGUUCUCCGUCUUUAAACAAUGUUUCUAACUCGACCUCCUCAGAAUGGGCUAUCUAUUCGAUUAUAAACGUGGUUUAUGUUAUAUUGUCUGUAUGUUUAAAUCUAUUCACAGUCUCAGCUGUCGUCUAUACAGUUGCUUGCAUAUACACAGGCAAGGAUUUCACCUUUAAAAAGGUCGUGAGUGUGGUUCCAAAGGUAUGGAAACAACUCAUGAUGACUCUUCUAUGCGUUUUUUGCAUAAUGUUUACCUACACUUUAAUGCUUACCAUAAUAGCAAUUGUGUUCAUCACGGUGUUUUACGUGGGCGGUGGACAGGUGGGGUUAGGAAUGGGCAUAAUAGGGUUCAUCUUUGCCAUUUUAGCCUUGGUGGGAUUCCUUAUCAUGGUUAUAGUAUGGCAAUUGGCUAAUGUUGUUUCAAUAUUAGAGAAGUAUUAUUGGUUUGAAGCCUUGAAAAAGAGUAGAGAAUUGAUCAAGGGCAAAAUGGGAACUUCAUUUGCCAUACUUUUUGUGCUAAACCUUGUUACAAUGCCAUUUGUGGUAUUGGUACAAAAAUAUUAUGGGUUUGGAAUUAUAGAGAGAAUUUGUUUUGGAUACAUAAGUAUAGUAUUGUUAGGGAGUUUGAUUACCCUUUAUGGUCUUGUUGUCCAAACAGUUUUCUAUUUUGUGUGCAAAUCAUAUCACCAUGAAAGUAUUGACAAAUUCUCAUUGGCUAAACAUCUUGAUGAGUACCUUGGGGAAAAUGUGCCUUUGAAGGAUGAAGCUGUGUGAGUUAAGGAUCUUCAUUCAAGUAUAACAAGAAGCCAAGAAGGCCGAGCUUAUCGAUGAUUUAUAUACGGGUUGUGUUUGUGUAAUAAUAUAAAAUUUUGGUUUAAAUAUGUUGUACAAGAUGUGUAUCAAUGUAUGUGUUUCUGACAAAAAAAUUGUGUAAGUUAUUGUGUUUGAAUUCAUUUUGCAUAAAAGAGUGCACUUAAUAAAAGUUGUUGCUUCAAUUAAAAAAGAGUGCACGUACAA